CUAAAGAUGGCGUUAGCGGCUAACACAGGCGAUUGCAUUUUGUUUCACAAAAAUUAUUCGGCCAGUGGUAACAAAACAUUGAUCAAAUAGAGCUUAAAUUCGUCAUUUAAUGUGCAACAAUAUGUUAUAUUGAGAAAAUACACGUCCAUUAUGUAGAAUAGCGCUUGCUCGGCCUUUUCACGAUGUAGGCCUGUUUUAUAGGGAGUGAACCGAAGCUGUUGGAACUCCAUCUCCCGACAGCGACUGCGGCGUCAGGUGGUACAACUUUACUUUUUCAUGCUGGUAUCUGUAGUUUUCUGACCACACCAGAAUGUGAUUUUUGCUGAAACUUUGAAAAAAUACGAAUGAACCCAGUGAGAGCAUAUUAACACCAGCUGAGUAAUUAGCUAAAAAUUUUAAAGUGAAAGGACAUGUUUAAUUUUUCAGCAUUUCACUGGAAGCGCCCAGUGAUGCUCCAAAGUGUGUAUAGUAUCUGUCCAAACUGAGAGGAGGAAAAUUAAGAUAAGUGAACCCGUUGCCUGACAUUCAGAGAGACCAUGGCUGCAACACCUGUGCAAGGUGACUGGAAGCAAUCUCGAGCAACCUCCAAAGAAGGGCACACAUCAUCACCAGAGUCUUCUUUGACCUGGUGCUUGGCUCACCUGUCCAAACCCGGAUCAGGGGCUGAACAUCACGGGCAUGGCAAGGCGGACACGGGCGGUGGCAGAGAAAUGGACAAGAGGUCCAGAGUCUCUCAGUGGCGAGCCCUGGUUGCUAUCCGCACGCAGCACAUCAAGGGAGACAAGGCUGGCAUUGCCAGAUUCAGAACUCAGGGUGGUCUCCGGCCCCUGCUGAACCUGAUUAAACACCCAGAGUGCUCCAGGAAAACACUGGACCUGGCUCUGAGCAUCCUGGCCAACUGCUGCACUGAGCUGGAGACACGUAUAGAGGUUCGUAAGCUUGAUGGAAUAAAUAUUGUAGUGGGGAUCCUGAAGAGAAAUGUGGCGCUGGAGACCGUCCAGAACCGAGCGGCCCGUGCUUUGGGAAACUUGGCCAUGGAUCCAGAGAGCUCUGCACUCAUCCACUCUGCUGGUGGUGUUCCCCUUCUCCUUCUCUGUGUGUCUCUUUCCUCUGCCCCGUCCUCCCCCACUGCUGCUCCACCCAAAGAGCCCUGUCCUAAACUGGAGUGCGCUCAGUCGGCUGCUCGGGCCCUCCUCUACCUCUCGGACACUCCCUCUAACCGCCUGUCAUUGCUCACCCAAGGGACCUUAUCUGCCCUCGCUCCUCUCAUUGCUCCAGAAUAUCCCCAGGGGCUGAGGCGGGCGGCACUUAGGACCCUCCACGAGCUGACCCGGGGCUGUGGUUUCGAAUGUGCCAGGGAGGUCUCCCGCUCUGGGGUCCUCGCUCAACUCGGUGUCAUGGCGUCAGGGGAGGCUGGUAAACCUUUUGAGGAGCUAGCACUGAAAACUCUUGCCAACAUGUGCUCCCAAGGCUGCCUGCGCCCUCUGGUCGGGUCACUGGGGGUCAUUCAGAAGUUCACAGAGGAAGUCAAAAGGGACCUGCUGAAGUCCGGAGUCUUCCUCAAGGCACUGUGCUUGUGCUGCAAGGAGGCGGUCAACCGGGCCAAGGUGAAGGAGAGUGGUGGAUUAGAGGUGCUAACUGGCUUUUUGUCUGCUCAUCAGAGUCAUCCACUUUCCCGGCUAGCCAUUCUGGCCUGUGUAGACUUUGUUUUUGAUGAAUCUGCCAUGGAGCUGUUGCAAGAGUUAGGGCUGGUCCCUCUGCUUGUAGCACGACUAGUCGAGCUCACCAGAGGAGAGGAACAAUCUGCUGAGAAGAUGGAUGUGAGCAUCGCAUCGAACAUGUCUCCCACUGAGCUCCUGCCCUCGUCAUGUUUUGAUUCUUUUGACUUUCCCCCUCCUGAGGGCUACAAGAAGGAAGAAGCUGGUAGGGAGCAAGGGCUAUGUUCAUCAAGCUUUCAAAGUCUCAGGUCCUGGUUGGUGUCUGAAGGACUGAUCUCUUCUGAGGGUGACCUGCUGGAUUCCUCUGGUGUUGACGCGGAAUGGGGGAGUCUUCAGAUCCUACCGUCUUCAUCCCCUCAAACGUCAUCCCCAAACCCUGAUUCUAAGUCUCCUAAAAACUCUUCUUUGUCCUCCACUACUCCCUCUUCUGCUUCUAAAAAAGCAGCUCAGCUUUCCCCUGUGUCCUCUUCAGCCCAGUCCCACCUAUCAUCCCCGUGGAAAGUCACUGAUCAGCCUCCCUCUAGUCCUCAGGCCUCUAGUGCACUCACACCCCAAAAUCAGCCCAGUUCCUCCGCUGUCUCCUCUCACGCUAAAGCAGCCCAAACACCCGUGUCUCCCUCAAAGUUCUCAUCCCCUCACAGAAGGAGGCAGCGGGCUCAUUCAGCAGCCUCUUUGACUAAGGUCACUCUUGACAACCCUCCCUCUGUGCCCCGGCCGAUGACUUACCACCACCCUUACCACCCGGAACCCUGGACGCCCGAGUCGCCCAUCCUGCUGCUGCUGUCGCGCUUCUCCCAUGCCACGGACCCAAGCGCUGCUCUGGUCAGCUCCGGCGUCAUGUCCGGCUUGUUGUAUUACCUCACCCAGCACCAGGAUCCCAGCAGCAGGUGCUUCCGCAUGCUUUGCCGACUGAGCUGCAACCCGAACUGUUUGCAGGCGCUGGUCCGAACGGGCUCAGUGGCACUGAUUCGCCACCAUCUCUGCCAGAGAGAGGGAGGGUUUGAGGGAGAGGAGAGGCAGACGGACCGAGUGAAGGCCAAAGUUAAACAGCUUGGUGUUGCACUUCUCCAUAAUCUCCGUGUCCAGUGUGAGUCUGGAUUUGGCUCUGGGGUUCUUGCACAUGUGAUGCUGUCGGGCUCUGAGUCAGACAAGAUGAACUGUGCGCUGUCUCUGCCAUUAAUCAGCAGCAACAAGUCCCUGUUGAAGAAACUUCUUCUGGACAGCGGUGGGCUACUCUUGGCUCUGCAGCCACUUGGUUGUGAUGAUGAUGUGGAUGAAGACAACCCUGCUGAAUCUGGAAGGUUGCUUUCUGACUUGUUCAGUUCUCCUUAUUCAGGCUUCACCUCUCAGGACCACUCACUGUACUUUUCUCUCCUGAUUGGAUGCCUGUCUACCCUGACAGGUAGCACUAAAGCUGAGUUUGACAAAAAACAUAGAAAUCCAGUUGUAACACAGUCAGUCAGUAAAAUUGGCAGAGUUUCACCCCCUCCCUCAAAAAAGCCUCGGCUAGCUGACGUAUGUCCCUAUGGUCUCUCGAGCUUUGACCUCCUCUUGCUGCUGGACGACGGCAGUCAGGUCCCAGCCAACAGGGAGGCUGUGGCUGGGGUGGAGGGGGCAGACGGGGUCGGCUCUGAAUACUUCAGGGCUCUGUUGAGAGGCGGGUUUGGAGAAGCUCAGGGUAAUGCAGAAGAAGCCAUCCACAUCAAAGAUGUUAGCACAGGCAUGUUAUUACCGGUGCUGCAUUACCUGCAUGGAUGUCGCCUCACCGAGGACACAGAAACAACAAGGGAAAGGGAUGAACGAGAGAGGGGAGGACAGUGUCAGAUUCUGGACUCAUUCGUCCUUGAAGGACUGAGUAUCUGCCUCAAGGAGACAGAGGAGCACUCAACAGACGACUUGGCUUUCCAGAAAACACCUUUAGGUGAGAUAAUGAUUGGAGCGUGCCGAUUUUUGGUGACCGGGCUGCAGAGAGAGUUGGAGGGUCUCUGUGUGUCUCUUCUUCUUUCCUACUCCACCAAGCUUGCUAGUAGAGUUGCGUCACCUCCAACAGAGGACAACGCCGAAAAGGCUGCAUCUAAAAUGGACCAAGAAUGUCUCGAGUCUGCCGAGGAGAACCUGGCUAAUCGGACAUCUGAGCUAGAGCUGACUGGUUUCGAGAUGCAAACAGAAAAUUUACCAGGACAGACGAAGAAACCGAACAGUUCUCUAAAGCAAACAAACAGCAAGAAAAUCUCUUUUGCUGGAGCAGUUCAAAAGGUCAACAGAGGACUCGACACAACUUUGGCGCAGAAGACAAUUAAAAGUGUCAAAUCAAGCUCUGCGUCAGUUGCUGACAAAUCACUCGAUCCAGAAGAGUUGAUGUUAAGACCAAAGUACCCUAUUAAAGGUUCAGCACAGCUUCUGAAAUCAGCGGCUCAGGAUUCCUUCUCUUCCUCAGAAGCUGGUUCAGGAGUUGGGGCUCUGGCUGGUCUCCUCCCACAGGUAUACUGGUUUUCCCAGCACUACAGCUACCCGGUACUGGGUCGGGCCUGCCUGUCUCUGCUGCUGGGCUGUCAGGACUUUCCUCGGCCCUUCUUGUCCUCCUCCCUUGCUGGGGAUUGCCUUCGCAGACUAGCCAGAGAGGCUGACUGUGCAGAGACUCUGAAACGGGAUCUACUAAGUCUGGCCUCACUAGCUCUGAGUUGAGCAAGGAGGGGAGUUCUGAGUGGAGUGAUUGGUGGCGUGAAUUCAGUGGGCACAGAUUAAGCGAGAGUUGACUAGGCGUCUUGAUAUAAGCUUCUAGAAAAGUUGAUAGUACAAGUGCAGGUUAUAAUCACAGCACGAUUAUCUGAAAAACAUGCUGUAUCGAUUCCUUCAGCACUAGUAGAACUGAAUGUUCAUUUAUUUUCAUAAUUUGGAAGCAUACAUUUCUAUUCAGUUUUAAUGUAAAUCGAUAUAAACUGUAGCCCGUCCCAGCA